UCGCUGAGAAACAAAAGCUAUGCAAAAUCAGACAACUAUGUUGGGUGUGGACAUGCCACAUAACCUUAAAAAAGCAGAAAAUGAUUAAUUUCCUUUUUUGACCCUGUUUCUAUUUCUGUACGCUCCACUUGCUUUAGCAACGUUUCGUUGAGCACCCUACAAGAACCAUGCAGAAUCCGAAUGAAGACACCGAAUGGAACGACAUCCUGAGAGCCAAGGGGAUCAUCCCCCCAAAGGAGAAGGAAAUUUUGGAGGAGCAAAUCGUGUCUAUGCUAGAGGAGACGAUUGAGAAAAAGACGCAGGAUGGGAAGAAAAUCGAAGACCUCGAUUUGGAUGAGCUGGACGAGUUGGAGGACUCUGAAGAUGAAGCCGUUCUGCUGGAGUACCGACAGAAACGCAUUGCUGAAAUGAAGGCACUGAUGGAGAAGUCGAAGUUCGGAUAUGUGGGCGAAAUAUCCGCCCAAGACUACGUGAACGAAGUGAACCGAGCAGGCGAGGGAAUAUGGGUGGUGUUGCACCUGUACAAGCAAGGAAUCCCGCUCUGUGCACUCAUCAACGAACACAUGAGGAACCUGGCGCCCAGAUUCCCCACCGUAAAGUUCCUCAAAUCGAUCUCGACCACUUGCAUACCAAACUACCCAGACCGCAACUUACCAACCCUUUUCGUCUACUUCGAGGGCGACCUCAAGUCGAAAGUCGUCGGGCCGGUGGAGUUCCGCGGCCCCAACUUAACUUUGAACGAGUUUGAGUAUCUACUGGGGAAAGCUGGGGCCAUCGAGACGAGCAUAAAAGAGGAUCCGCGGCCGAGGAUAAGGGACAAAAUGAUGCAGGAUUUGUCGGAAACGAAUGACUGGACUUUGUGAGCGGGGCCCCGAAGUAAAACUGCCUGGUAUACAAUAAUAAAAUUUAUUUAUUAUUUACAUA